AAAAUAUCAGAAUCAUGUUUAAAUCUUGUCUUAUAAUAGCAUUAUGGCUAUUCGCUUGUUUAACCUUGACAAAUUGUGCAUACGAUAUUAUCACAAAUUAUAACAGUUCAAAUCAAUAUGUGCUGUGUUAUCAUUUUGAAUCUGGAAGUUCGAGGAUUUGUAAAACUUUUGACAACUUCACGGCGGUGCGGGAAUUUAUGUUAACGUCACAUGUAAAAGUCGAAAUCCAUGAACAAGUGUUUCCAAAGAUAUAUAAAUUUUACUUUGCGCGACUUAAACACACAAAGGAGUUAGUAAUAUGGAAUUGUGGCCUCCAUGAUAUCGAACCUGGUGCUUUUUAUGGUUCUUUGUCAGUUUUGAAAAUUGACUUUCAAAGAAAUAAACUAGAAAUCAUUAAAGAAGGAGUGUUUAAUGACCUACUUAUCACCCACCUAAACCUGGCGUUCAACAGAAUUCAAACAAUAGAGCCCGAGGCCCUCAGUUAUAUGCAGAAUAUUGAGGAAAUAAACCUAUUAAGCAACCGUAUUUCCCGCUACAAUUGGAAAUGGUUCAAUAAAACGCCCCUUCUAAAAUCAUUAUAUUUUCAAAACAACACCAUUAAGGAGGUGCCUGAAAGAGCUUUCAGGCACCUGAUUGACAAGCGGCAUGCCGUGAAUAUAUUUUUCAGCUUUAAUGAAAUUAGAUUUAUUCACCCUCUUGCUUUUGAUGACAUGGACAGUACAACAGUGGGAAAAUUGUAUUUGGAUCAUAACUUGCUGGAAACAUGGAACGAGGCGUUAUCAAUGCAUAUAAAUGAACUGAAAAUUAGUUUUAACAACAUUAAAUGUAUAGACGGGGAUUUGCGUGGCUCUAUUAAAAAUAAUAGUCUGCGGAACUUUAUCGAAAAUCCAUACAAUUGCCAGUGUUUAAAAGAAAUUAAAUCAAUCGGGGAUUGCCGGAGAGAAAUUUCUGAUUGGUUUCUAGACAAAUACUUGCAGUGCAGGAAAAAUGGAAAGGCAGGGCAAGAUGACAAAAAGGAUAUUUUAAAUCCAAAUAUCAAGAUAUUCAGUUCGCCUUGAUAUUCUUGUGCUUAGAUUAUAUAUUUACAUAUUAUGUUAUAACAAAUAUAAAAACAACUUUUUACCUCAGUUUCAAAACUAUUACAAUAAAAUAUGUAUGAAGUAA